GUCGCCGCCGAUCAGUGUGUGUCUCGAGGGCUAUGCCGUGACAUGAACACCGGCGAAUCGUACAAGGUGCUCGUGCUGGGCGACUCGAACGUCGGCAAAACAUGUCUGAUGCACAGGUUCUGCGACGAGACGUAUUACGACACGUACAUAUCGACCAUUGGAGUCGAUUACAAACAGAAGAUAAUUCAAUUGGACGAAAAGCCGGUAAAGUUACAAAUAUGGGACACUGCCGGGCAAGAGCGUUUCCGAACACUGACUACGGCCUACUAUCGAGGCGCAAUGGGCAUAUUACUCGUCUAUGACGUGACGAAUUUGGAUUCAUUCGACCAUUUGACGUACUGGUUGAAGAAUAUUCAAGAGAACGCUUCGCCGGAUGUUAUUAAAGUUUUGGCAGGUAACAAAUGUGACAACGAGACAGUGAGAGCCGUGGACAAAGCUGACGGUGAAAAAAUAGCGGAAUGCUACGAUAUGCCGUUUUUCGAAGUCUCGUGUAAGAUGGACGUCAAUGUGGAAGAAGCGUUUCAAGCAUUGGCUAAAAUGAUCAAAGAACGUUCCAAAUACUCGGGAGCGUUCGGGCUAAGAGACGAAACACCGAGGGAAAAAUGUUCACCACUUUUCGAAAAAGCUUUUUCCGAAUCCACGCGGAAGUGCAGUUCCUGUUAAUGUCCAUAAAUUUAAUAAUAAUAAUCAUAAAAGUUUAGCUGUUUUUAUUUUCAUGAAAAAUCCUAAAGCCUAUAAUAAUAAUACACGUGUUGGCUUAUAUCGCGCCUAUCCGACGUCGAGAAAUUAAAUUAACAUACUUAAACGACGGAACAUAAAAGUGUUUAAUUAUUAGUGAUUACUAUAAUACAAAUAGUAAAUACAUAAUAUAAUACGCAUAAUAUUAUAACGUUAUUUUAGUAUUGAAAUAAAUAUACUUAAAUAAUACGUAAUAAAGUGAAUUUAUUAUUUAUGGUAUCUUUACCCAUAAUCUUAUUUUGUAAAAUCGAAAUGCACAAGAUUGUUCUUUUACCGUUAGAGUAAUCCACGCGUAAUAUUUCUAAUUGAAUACAUAUAAAUAUAAUCUAUCAACAUCUAUUUAUUCGUUCUAUCAAAAACCAAAUUAAACACAUAAAGACUUUAAUAUGAUUAAAUAUACACACGUAAACAGUGUGUCAUCAAAUAAUGACAGGGUCAGAUAUUUUACUUUUUCAGGCAUAACGUUUCAAUUUUAAAUGUUUACUGUUUACGUAAUUUUUCAAACAGUUUAUAUUAUAUUAUGUAUAGUCAGAACAAAAUUAUAAAAAUAUAAUCCCUACAUUAUUAUAAGAAUAAAUGCAUAUAGCUACGAAUCUUUCACGUUUUGCCUUUAUAUAUAUUAUUGUUUCU